AAAGACUUUUAAGUUCAUCAAUUUUUGCGACUCGAGUAAAGUAAAAUGUCAAAAACAAAUUAGUUCGGAAGGCAACUUCAGCUCAAAGUCUCUUUUUUUUUUUUCUUCUUCUUCUUCUCCUUCCAUUUUCAAAGCAUUGUGAAAAUCCUAUAGGGUUUGGAGUAUAGCGAAGAUGAAGACGACGAAAGAAGGGAAGGCGAUGAUGAUUCCUACCGAAACCGAUGCCUUCCACAAAGAGCAACGAAACAAAGAAUUGAAACGUAACAAGCUAGAGAGAAAAGUAAGAGAGGUGGGAAUUUUGAAGAAGGGUCCUAAACAAAUCAAUUUGGAACAGAUCAGGAAACUAGAUAAGUCAAGGUCUUUCAUCAAAGCAGUUAUCCCACCAAAUCAAACUUUGCAAUUUGCAGCUUGUCUUCAUAUAUUACAAGAAAACAAAGCUGAGAGAGGCACCCCUGUUGCUAAACAACUCACGCGAGCUGAGAAGGACGCAAUCUUUCGCUCGGUAGUGCCAAUUCAAAAAGGACGAAGAUUUGGAGUCGGAUCCAUCCCGUUUGAUGAAGAAGUGGGGCAAAGUUCAUACAAGAAAACGUCCGAGGAUCUAAGUAGACAAUUUUCAGAGAUAAAGGAACAAAUUAAGGAGUUGAAGAAUCAACUCAAAGAGGUCGCCUUUUGGUGUAAUAAGAUGGCUCAACUUUAUCCAAAUUUGGUUCCACCAUCUUGAAGAGACCAAUCCUCCUCCUCUGACACUGUUACUGAUUUCAAGUUGUGAUUUCAUUUUUAUUUUUCUCUUUAGAUGGUACGUUUUAUUUUUCAUUUAUAAUUUAACUUCACGCUGUUGUUGUUGAUUUUGGGAUUUAUUCAUAUUCGUGAUAACACAAUUACAUUUUCUCAUAAUCUACAUAAACAGUUUUAUU